UCAUUUCAUCUCAUUUCAUUUCCCACGCCUGCAACCUUUUUGAAGAAAAAGCCAACUUCUUUCUGAAACUGAUUUCCUCUCCUCGAAAAAGUUGUCCCAUAUCGUCGUCUUCUUUCCAAUUUUUUAUCACUUCAUCACUGUCGUUAAGAUUUCUCUUCUUACUUUAAUAAUACCAAUCGCUCACAUCCAUCUAUACAAUUGAAGGAAAGGAAAAGAAGUAAACGAAGUUCUACGCAUACAUAACCACCAUCCGGAAGGGAAAGAGAAAGUAAUUUGUUUACGAUAAUUGCACAUCAAAGGGUGAGUCGAUUUCUUGAAACUUUCCUGCAACACUCAUCUCUCCUUCCUUCUUGAUUGAAUCGAUUCAUCGAAGCGGUGUUUAUUCACUACAAUUCACUCGAUUUAUCAUCAAUCACGCAUUCAUUCAUUCAAUCAAUCAAUCCUUCCUUCAUCUCUUGUUUGAUUGACUCCUUCCUUCCUUCCUUCCUUCCUUCCUACAAUCAAAUCAGUUGCUUCCUGCACCUACAAAUUUCUUGGUCCAUCUUCAGGAAUUCUGAUCAUCAGCCACCUCGUCCUCCGUUGAACAAUCUCUCAACUGCAUCGCAACUUUAUUCAUCUUCGAUCAACACUUUUUGCAUUCUUCUUACGACCAUUGGACUAACAAUUGCGAAGUUACUGUAGAAGCACUUCGAAUCAAUCAUGUUCUCUAAAAUCCUCCUCCCGGCUCUCGCAGUCAUCGGCACUGCAGCUGGUAAGUUUUCAAUAUUUCACCCAUUUAUUCAUAGUUGGCUCAGCAGAUUCUACACACUCGAUCUGCGGUGGCGUUUAGGACUAUCUCAAUUGCCAGUUGAGAUUAUAUUUACUGACUGUAAUCUUUUCAGCCGCUACAAGCUCCAUCUGCUCCCAAUCAACCGCCACCAUCAACAACGCUGCUGAUGCCACCGCUUUGGCUGAUUGCAAAACUAUCAAGGGUGACGUUCUCGUCAGUACCGCCGCUGUUGCUACUAUCCAACUUGACGGACCUGAAGAAAUCGACGGUGAUUUGAUCGUUGAGAACAAUGGAGCCCUCACAUCUCUCUCAAGUACCACUAUUUCCACUAUCACUGGUACUUUCGGACUGAGUAAUUUGACUCUUUUGUCCACUCUUCAAUUCAACGCCCUCGACACCGUUGGCACCAUUAACUGGGCUGCUCUUCCAGCUCUCUCAGCCCUUACUUUCACCAAGUCGGUCAGGACCGCGAGUAGUGUUACCAUCACCAACACCUUCUUGAACAGUCUCGAUGGUAUCAACUUGAACACCGUAGACACCUUGAACAUCAACAACAACAAUCGUCUCAGAACAUUCAGCACCCAAGUCGGCAAUGUUACCACUCUCCUCAACAUUGACUCCAACGGAAGAAACUUGGAUGUUUCCUUACCUAACCUUAUUUGGGCGGCCAACAUUACCUUACGUAACGUCUCAAGUAUCAGCAUUCCAUCUUUGGCCGUUGUCAACGGAUCCCUCGGUUUCUACGAGAACUACUUCACCAGUGUCAGUGCUCCAAACUUGACAUCCGUCGGCAACACUGCCAACGGACAAGGUGGAUUCGCUUUCGUUGCCAACCCAAGUCUCGCCAACAUCACCAUCCCUAUGCUUCAGACUGUCGGUGGUGCUUUCCAAAUUGCCAACAACUCCGCUCUCGGUGCUAUCAACUUCCCAGAGUUGACACAAGUUGGAGGUGCUAUUGAUUUCUCUGGAAACUUCACUACGUAAGUUCUUUAUUUAUGCAAACUCUCGCUGUGAUCAUUAGCUAACGUUGUUAUUCUAGCCCUGAACUGCCAAAGCUCAACGACGUCAAGGGUGGUUUCAACAUGCAAUCCACCACCUCCAUUGACUGCUCUGGAUUCCAAUCUGAGCACGCCAGUGGUAACAUCCAAGGUACUUACACUUGCAAGACCACUGCCAACGCUCAAUCCGGAACCGGAACCAGCUCCAGCUCCGGCUCCAGCUCCUCUUCAAGUUCAUCUGCUUCUGCUAGCAAGGGUGCUGCUGUCUCAUACGGUGUUAACGAGGCACUCAUGGGUGUCUCUGUUAUUGGAGGUUUCUUGAGCAUGUUGUUGUAAAUCAUUGGGACGUCGGCGUUUUUCCUUUAAUUAUCACAUUAGAAACUAAUAUGCCACGUUCUCUCUUUUUUACAUGACUUUUCAUAAGCUUUUGAGCGGGUUUUCACCUUCAUUAGGAUCGUUAGGGACGUGUGCUUUGCAUAUCCAUCGCUGUCAAGGUUGCUCUACUUGUGCAUCUGUUGCAUUGAUGGUUUUUAGAAAAAUCCAUGAAGGCAUUUAGGGGGAAGGGAGGGAAGGAAAACAUUAGGCUUUUGAGAAGAGAGAAUCCGAAAUUGUACAUUUGAAUAUUGUUUCCCCGAGAAUGAGAAGUGCAGAGAGUAAUAAUGAAUCUCUUUUUAAUCAUUAAAAAAU